AUGUCAAACCCUCACUUCGUCCAAGUCCCUCGUGGAGGCGACACACCACCCAACAUUGUACAUCAGAGCACUGAAUAUUCGGAACAACUGAACGCUUGGCUGCGAGAGGAUCCUAAGGAUAUGCCGUGGAAUAUCCUUGAUUCGAUUGUAACGUCUAGCAGUAACACAUCUGAGCCCAACCCAAACACCAACGUCUCACACAACCCCGCCACUCAAGGCAGUGCCGAGUAG